AUGGCUUUCAAGUACGAUUUUCUCAAAGCUUCUGACCCAGUUCGACCAUUGUCGUCCAUGAUCGAGCAAGCAGAAGACCUACUAUUCAACCUACGUUUCCGGCGGGAGGAACCGCACCAGUCGCAACGCCCGAUAUUGUUCAUCUGUCACAGCUUUGGGGGACUCAUUUUGAAACACGCAUUACUCAUUGCGAAACGCCGUGCCGACUUCCGCGACAUAUUCGACAGUAUAGCAGGCAUCCUAUUCAUUGCCUGCAUCCAUGACGAGCACAUGAAGGACCUUGAGCGGUGUCUUCUUUGGUCUGCUACUGUGGAACUCUCUCUCACGAAAACGCGACGGCACGAUGUUCUAGAGAGUUUGAAUACCCCCACUGAAUGGGAAGCAGCGAAACAAAUCAUGGAGCAUUUUAAAAUGCUCUACCUUCCCUUUCCAGUACGAACCUUUUGCGAGACAAAGGCAACUGUCUAUUUAUCGCGGCCGUUUCGUGGACAGAAGUCGCAAAUUCUCUGUCCAGAAGAAGCAGCGUUUCUACCUGGCUUCCAGGAGACAGUGAAACCCAUCGACCUGGAUCAUACUCAGCUCAGUGUCUUUCCGAAUCGAACAGAUCCUUUCUACGAAACCCUGUUGUUAGAGCUGCAUAGCCUCCUCGACGUCCACGAUGGCAAAGACAUCAAACCUGAGAUCUACAUGGAAAGCAUCGUUUCCAGCCUAAAAAUAAACUCCAACUCAAGUCAAGAUUUUGCUGAGGACUCUAGUAAAGCCCCAAAGUCUGAGACGAAGAUGAAUAUUCGUCUCCCUUGCCACAUUCUAGCGCCACAUCAGCCGAAUCAUAGCUUUAUUGGUCGCGAGGAUGUUCUCGACGAUAUUGAAGCACAUCUGCGUCCGGUACGCAAACUUAACGAAGGGCACUGCGUGUUUGCCCUUUGCGGUCUAGGGGGGAUGGGCAAAACGCAGAUCGCUCUGAAGUAUGCGUUUAGUAGCCUGUCGAAGUUUGAGGUUGUUUUAUGGAUUCCUUCAGACAGCCGGGAGAAGAUGCUCGCAAGGCAUAUUGCUUUUGCAGUGGAGAUAGGCUUGGUCGAGUCUACGAAUGAUGACCAAAACAAAGCCAAGGAUAUUGUGAAAGAAUGGUUUGAGACUUCCCAAAUACCUUACCUGAUCAUCUUCGACAAUGCCGAUAGCGUCGAUAACAAAGCGCUACUGGCAGAAUUCUGGCCAGGAGGUGACACAGGUUCGAUUCUGAUCACGUCCAGAGAUAAGAGCCUUCUUGGCGAGUUUUCGGGGCAGAGUCUUACUCAGCUCCUCCCGGAAGAUGCCAUCGAACUUCUUAUGAUUCUCACGAACCGUGGUGGUCGAAAAGCAGCGGCUAUCUAUCCCGAGAGGGAGAUGCAAGCCGCUGCUAACCUUGUUGAGGUGGUUGGUUGCUUACCGUUGGCAAUUACGCAGCUGGCUAGCAUUGCCAUUGAAGAUUGCUGCUCACUCAGGGACCUGGAAUCAUCAUACGACAAUUUCGCGCAGCUCAUCGAGGACUCCGAAUACGGACAAACUGUCACUGGGACGCUAUCCCAAUAUUCCUACUCCCUUGAAACGGUGUUGAGUAUGAAUUACGAAAAUCUUGAUAGGCCUCAACAAGAUCUUCUCAAUAUACUGUCCUUCUUGGAUCCCGACAAAAUUCAGUUCGAUUUAUUGACAGGAAGCGUCGGUGACAUUGCACAACAGCAUCACGAAGUCUUUAAGACGCGAAGGCAGUUGAUCAAGGCGAGGGGAUUUCUUUUGAAAAGCUCGCUACUCUACGAGAAUGCCGAACUUUCAAUCAAUUGGAUGCAUCGACUGGUGCAAUCGACCUGCCAGUUGCGCAUGCUGAAAACCAGCCCCGAGACUCGCCAGAAGGCCUUUGAAAGUGCCUUUAGCAUGGUCCACAAAGCAUUCCCGGUAGCUCCGAUCACAGGUCGUCAUGACCGGAGUUAUUGGGCUGCGCAAGAAGGAUGCCUCGCUCACGUUCAAAUACUUGCGAAAACCGUGGAGUCUUCACAGCACAAGAACCCCCUUGAAGUAGACGCAGCCAAGUUCUCGAAACUACUUCAUGAUGCAGCAUGGUACUUGUAUGAAAGGGGGACUUUUCAACCCGCCUAUGAACUACUAGAUGUAUCCGAAAUGAUUGCGACGCAAGCUGAAGACCGUACGGGCAUGCUGGUAAUCCUUGCAGAGAUCUGUCGGGCUCGCGCAUCGCUGCAAACAGAGACCAAUCAGCCUCAGCAGGCCUAUGAGAGCUUCACAAGGGAACUGGAUUUCGUCUACGAGGCCAUAGAAGCAGGCGUCAUGAAACGACCCCACAUGCAAGAAGUCUUUUCACUGGGGGGCGUGGCUAACGCGCUUCAAGGCCUGCAUCGCUACACUGAGGCAGAGGCAUACUAUCGUAAAGCUCUUGAAGCGUUCGAAGGGAUGCCCGGGAUCCUUUCCAAAAUGUCAAUCCUGGAGCACAACUUUGCAAUUUGUCUUUGGAUACAGGGAAGGCACGAAGAGGCUUUUGAGCUCCUCAACAGAAUCAUCACCGACAGAAACGACACGACUACCUAUCGGACGGCACAUGCCAUGUUUGCACUCGGCAACGUCGAAACCAGAAACAACAUGCUUGAUGCGGCAUUAGCAACGCACGUGCAAACUCUGAAGCUGUUUCGCGCAACCUUAGGAGACGGACAUCACAAGACAGGCAAUACGCUUUACAAGAUCGGGUGUCAUCUACGUAGAAAACACGACUACAGCGGCUCCAUAACCAACUUACGAGACGCUUUACAGGUAUUUGAGAGCGGUGGUGCGUUUUUGAAUGAAACAGCAAGGUCGACUUUUAUGUUGGGAUGCGUAUAUCAGGACGCAGGCGAGAUUGCAAAUGGCCGUCUGCUUAUCGAGAAGGCGGAAGAAAUGCGGAAGAAGGUUGUUGGGGACGCUGAAUGGUCUCCAGCCUCAGGUGUCUCGGAGUUUGACUCUUUGAUAAACUGCUGGUCGAGGUGA